AUGCAUUCAAAAAACAAUUUGGAUAAAUAUAAUGUUGCCGUUAUAGGUACUGGUUUUAGAGCACCAAGUGGAAGUUUGGCAAAAUCGAUUUCAAAUACUGAUCAACUAUGGAAUAACUUGGUAAAUGGUUUCGAUGGUAUUGUAGAGACAUCUGAAAGAUGGUCUGAUAACUAUAGUGUCGCUGGUGAUAUCGUUUCUAAAUAUGCUGGUCUGAUUCCGCUUGAUGAGUGGAAAUCUUUUGAUCCGAUUUUCUUUGGCAUUAAUCCAAGUGAUGAACAUGUCAAUACAAUCGAUCCACAACAAAGAUUACUGUUAAAGUGUACAUGGGAAGCAUUGGAGGAUAGUGGCAUUGAUCCCUCCACAUUAAGAGGCUCAAAUACAAGUACAUUCAUUGGUUCAUCAAUGAUGGACUACGAUAUUAUCAAUAAAUCACCGUUUGAAACCCAAAAAAACAUUUUUGGAGGGUCACUUCAUUCGUUAUCAAAUAGAAUAUCCUACUGCUUUGAUUUUCGUGGGGAGUCUAUGACAAUCGAUACUGCAUGUAGUUCAUCAUUAAAUGCAAUUAAUCUUGGUUACAAAUCUAUAAAAUAUGGUCAAUCUGAUGUAUCUAUUGUAGGUGGUGUUAAUUUAAUGCUUGACCCAAAUCAAUCAAAAUCAUUUUCUCAUUUAUCAAUGUUAAGUCCAACUGGAAAAUGUCAUACAUUCUCAUCGGAUGCUGAUGGAUAUGUACGUUCAGAGUGUGUUGGUGUUGUAGUAUUGAAGAGUUUAGAACAAGCAAUAAAAGAUGGUAAUAACAUUUAUUGUGUCAUCAAAGGUUCAAAUUCAAAUGUAGAUGGCAAUUAUGAUAAAUCAAACUUUUAUUCACCAUCAAAAUCAUCACAGUAUGAAAAUAUUAAAUCUGCAAUCGAAUCUACCAAUGGUCAAAUCAAUGCAUCAGAUAUUGAUUAUGUCGAAUGUCACGGUACUGGUACACCAACUGGAGAUCCAAUUGAACUAGAAGGUAUUUCAAGAAUAUUCAAAGAUACAAAAAAACAACUUUUAAUUGGUUCUAUUAAAUCAAAUAUCGGUCAUGGUGAGGCAUCAUCAGGUGUAAUGGCAUUAAUCAAAUGUUGUGUCAUGUUUAAAAACCAAUCAUUUGUUCAAAACAUCAACUUUAAAUCACCAAACCCAGAUAUCAAAUUCGAUGAGUGGCGUCUAAAAGUUGUAACUGAACAAAUACCAUUCAGUAGCAAUAAAAAUACUGUUAUGGCUAUUAAUAACUUUGGUAUAACUGGAUCAAAUUGUUGUAUUAUUUUGUCAGAUUACCAAAAUGAAAAUAUUCAAAAUGAAAAUAAUAUUAACAAAAAGUACUUAAUACCAUUCUCAUCAAACUCAUCAACAUCACUCGACAAAUACAAACAAAUUAUUAUGGAUCAAUCAGACACAUUAAAUUUUAAUGAAUUUGUAAAUAAUCAAAUCAAAUAUAAAUCAACAUCACUUGUUCAAAGAUCAGUUAUUAGUGCAAGUAAUUGGGAAGAAUUUAAAGAUUCAAAAAAUGAAAUCAAAUCAUCCGAUACAAACACCCUUUCAAAUAUUGCAGUUAGUAAAAACAAUCCAUUUAAAGUAUUUGUAUUUUGCGGUCAAGGAUCACAAUAUAAUAGGAUGGCAUUAGAACUAUAUAAAAAUGAGACAAUAUUCAAACAAUGGGUUGAUAAAUUCGAUAGUGAACUUUUCAAUUACUAUGGGUACUCUGUUUUACAAAAAAUAAGAUCAUUCGAUGAUAAAGAUAUGACAUCAAUACAAGAAAUCAUUAUUGCACAGCCAUCAAAUGUAAUGAUCCAAGUAUCGUUAUUUGAACUAUAUAAACACUGGGGUGUCAAAGCAGAUUUAAUCGUUGGUCAUUCUCUUGGUGAAAUUUCAGCAGCAUAUUGUUCAGGAAUGAUUGACUUUGAAACAUUAUGUUAUUUAACCUAUAAUAGAUCCAUUGCUCAAAAUAAAACAACCGGUUCUGGUAGAAUGUUAUCAAUUAGUAUCAGCGCAGAAAAAUAUAUACAGGAUUAUUCAUCAAAAUACCCAUCAUUAGAGAUUUCAUGUUACAACUCACCAUCUUCAAUUGUAAUCUCUGGUAACGAAAAUGUUUUAAAAGAAAUUAUUGCUGAUUUAAAAUCAAAAGAUAUAUUUUGUACAAUGUUAGGAACAUUAUCAUCAUUCCAUACAUCAAGUCAAUUAAUAAUUAAAGAUGAUUUAUGCUCAUUAGAUAUCAAAUCAAAGCAAUCAACAACACCAAUAUUUUCAACAGUCACAACCAACCUAUUUAAUCAUGAAACAACACCAUUCAAUUCAGAAUAUGCUUUUAAAAAUAUUAGACAACCAGUAAAAUUCACUCAAACCAUUUCAAACAUAUAUAAAUAUAUUGAAGAGAACAACUAUGGUAAUCAAGUCACAUUUAUCGAAGUUGCACCACAUUCAACAUUAUCAUUCUAUUUAAAUCAAAUGAAACCAACACAAUCACCAUAUUUUAAAAAUGGAGAAAAUAUAAGCAUUCAUUCACCGCUUCACAAAAAGAAAAAUGAUUACAAUGAAUUCUUAAACACUAUUUCAACACUUUAUGUAAACCACUCAUUUAAUAUCAAUUUCAAAUCUCAGUUAGUUCAACAAAACCACAAUUAUAUUCAUAAAGCAUUAAAUAAACUUCCAUUAUAUCAAUGGGAUGAUAAAAUGUAUUAUAAACAAAAUUCAACAUAUGAAAAGAUCAAAAAAGAAGGACCUUCAAUACAACAUCUUGGUGUUACAAAUGAAUCACCAUCCAAAUCCUAUCAAACAUAUAUAGAUACUAAAAAACAACCAUUCCAAUGGCUUAAAGGACAUCAAGUAAAAAGUAAAUACUAUUUCCCAGGGUGCGGAUAUAUCAUCAAUUUAUUCAACAUAUAUCCAAAUCAAGAUAUUACAAUCGAUUCAAUAGAAUUUAAAUCACCAUUAAUUUUACAAGAUGAUGUUAAUCAAUGUCUACAAACAACUAUCAAUACACUUUCAAAAAAUGAAUUCAAUGUCAAAUCACACUUUAAAAACAUAACUACAAAUCAAUGGGUAUUGUGUUCUACUGGUAACUUUAGUCUAUUCAAACAUGGUAACGAAAUAAACCGAAUCAAUAUUGAUGAAAUAAGAAAUAGGUGCAACUUUACCAAACUAUCAAAAUCAGAUCUUUAUGAUUCAAUUAAAAUCAAAACUGGUUUAACAUACAAAGGUUUAUUCCAAGGUGUCAAAGAAUGCUAUAUUGGUGAUGAUUGCUCUCUAUCGAUUGUAUCAAUAAAUGAAAUUCAAAAUCAAAAUGAAUUCAAUCAUUUACUCAACAAUGAAACAAUGAAUUCAUUUUUUAAUACUGCAAUAUUAGAUACAUGUUUACAUGGAAUGCUUGGUUUUAUCAACCAUCAAUGCCAAAUUGUGUUGGAUAAAAUGGAAGGAUUAAAAUACUACUCAUCAAACAUACCAAUUAAUCAGCAACAUUCUGAAAUAUAUGUAUUUUCUGAAAUGAAAUCAAGAAUCAAUUUAUACUCAUACUCUGGAUCCAUUAAAAUAAUGUUAAAUGAUGGCACAUUAUUAAUUGAAAUUUCAAAUGCUGUUUGUACAUCUCUUACACCAAUCAUUGACAAUACCAUAAUUAUCCCACCACCAUCUAAUGAAAUUUAUCUACCGGUUCAACAAUCAAAAGACUCUAUCAUUAAUAAACCACAGUCAUUCCAACACUUGUGUAAAUUGGAAAAAUUGGGCAUAGAUGAUUUUUAUCAACAAAUAGUAUCAAAUGAACAUUUAUUAUCAUUAUUUUACUAUCACAUUAAUCAAAGACGUCCAACUAUCAACAACGAAGCAUUAUCAACAAUAGAUUAUGAUCAAUUCAAACAAAUCUACCUUAAUGAAGCAGUAAAUGAAGAUAUAUCACUCUUUAUUUUUGAAAUUUUAAAAAAAUAUAAUAGUUUAGGAAUCAAUAAACAGUUAAAUGAAUUCCCUGAUGGUAAUAGUGAUAAAAAUAUUAAGCUUUUAGAAAAAACAACUGCAAUUUUAGCAAAACAAAUGUUCCCAUUAGAAGAUGACGAUCCAAACAUAGACACUCCUCAAUCAGUAUUUGAAGAUGAAUUAUUGGACCACUUUUAUCUAAAAUCAAAUAAUUUAUUAAGUGAAAUUGUUUCGGAAUCAAUUAAACCAAUUAUUAAUGAACCAAUAGUAUUCAGAAUCCUGGAAUUUGGGGGUGAUGUCGGCUCAUUAUCAAAUUUGGUAUUAAAUAAAAUCAACAAACUAUUAAAUGAUUAUCCAUCAUCAAAUAUCGAAAUAGAAUACACAUGGAGCGAUAUUUCAGAAUCAUUUUUUUCAGGUAUUAAAGAAAAACUUUCAAACAUCAAAGGAGUCAAUAUAAUCUAUAGUUAUCUAGAUUUAGACAAAUCAUUAAAAGAUCAAGAUUUAAAAGCAUCUUAUUACGAUAUGGUUAUAAUGUCAAAUGUAUUACAUGUUGUAAAGCAGCUUAAAUUCAGUUUAAAUGAAAUUCAUAAUAUUUUAACACCAAAUGGCCAUAUGGUUUUUAUUGAACCACCUUACAAAUCAUUAUACCUUGACUCCAUAUUCGGCGUAUUCUCAAAAUGGUGGCCAUCACCAGAAGAUAUUGACAUCAGAAAAGAUAGAAGCUGCAUGAAAAAAGAAAGUUGGUAUAAAUUACUAAACGAAUGCAACUAUAAAGAUACAACAAUAUCUGGAAAUGAUAAUUCAUUCUUUUUAGUUCAAACAAGAAAAUCAAAUAUAAAUGAAUUGGUAUUAUCAAACACAGUGUCAAUGAAACAAUUAAUAUCACACAAUAAUAUUAUAUUGUUUGGAAAUAGUAGAUAUGGUGCACAAAUCAACGAAUCAUUGAAAUCAAAUCAACUACUAAGUUCAAAAAUAAUACAAAUAGAUAACUUUAAUGAACUUAACAACUGGAUUAUUAAAUCAAUUGAUUCCAUUAGACAAAGUAAAACAUUAAUUAUCUUUAUGAAAGCAAUUGAUCCUUUAGACAUCAAUAAUUUUAAAGAAACAGCAUUUGAAUACAUUCAAAUAAAUCAAAUAUUACUUCAAUUUGAAAUUGAAAUCUUUUUUAAACAUGUUUUAAUAUUAUUAAAUUCAACAACAAACAACUAUUUAUCAUCAUCAAUCAAUGGGGCAGCAAGAUAUUUUGCAGAAUUCCCACAACUAGAUUUAUAUUCUUUAGAUUUUGACAAUACAUCAAUUCAAAAUGAAAAUAUACUAUCACUUAUAGAUAUAUUAAUAAACCCAACAUCAAAUAUUCAAAGAGAAUUUACAAUUAAAAACAACAAAGUAUAUUAUGAAAGAUACAAAAAGCAAACAAAAAUUAAACAAUCAUUUACAUCAAACUCAUUUGAAACAAAUAAAGAUAAUUUAAUGAUUCAACUUGAUCCAAAUUUAGAAUACAAACUAAAAGCUAAAAAACAAGAAUUAAAAUCAAAUGAAGUAGAGGUUGAAAUUAAAGGUACCGGUAUCAACUUUAAAGACUAUCUUAUAUAUACUGGUCAAGUAUCAAAUAGCGUUGAUCUCAAAUAUGGCAAAGAAGAUGAGGUUGAAAAAGGAUUAAGUCAAAUGCCAAGUAUUGGAAAUGACUUUAGCGGUAUUAUUACUCGUUGCGGUAGUGGUGUAAAAAAACUAAAAAUUGGUGAUGAAGUACUUGGAGUUGCCCCAAAAUCUAGCGGUUCACAUAUUAUAAUGGAUUAUAGAUAUGUUUAUUUCAAACCAACAAAUAUCUCACUUAUAGAAGCAGCAUCUAUUCCAUCAGUUUAUACUACAGCGUUGCAUAGUAUAUACUAUACUGGUAAUUUACAAGAAGAUCAAACUAUUUUAAUUCAUUCAGCAGCAGGUGGUGUCGGUCUUUCAUCAUUAGAGCUUUUAAAAUGUAAACAACACAAAGGCUAUAUAUUUUUAACAGUUGGUUCAAAAGAUAAAGAAGAAUACUUGAUAAAUAAAUAUGGCCCAUUUAUUACUGGUAUCUAUUCAUCAAGAAAUAAAAACUAUGUUCAUCAAAUUAAAAACAGAUUAAAACAAUUAGAAUGUGACAAAGAUCAUCAAGGUGUAGAUUUAAUAAUAAAUACACUAUCAUCAGAAUAUAUGGAUUCAAAUUUCCAAUGUUUAAAUACUUGUGGUAGAAUUGUAGAUCUUUCAAUUACACAUUUGACGCCAAAUGAUUAUAUUACAAACAAUCACUUUAAAUACAACUAUGGAUAUAACAAUGUAGAACUUGUUGAUUUUUCAGGACCAUUAUACAAAAAUUUAUUAAAAAAAGUAGUUAAAAUGUUUAAUUCAAAUAAAUUAGAACUAAUUCCAAUCAUUGAAUAUUCAAAUGAUCAAUUUAAAGAUGCACUCGAAUUUAUUAAUCAAAGACAACAUAUUGGUAAAAUCGUUGUAAAUCAUGAUAUAGAUAUUUUAUCAAGAGUAUUUAAUGAACAAAAACAAAAUGAUUCAAUUAUUAUGAAGCACAAAUAUGAUAUUUCAAGAUUAGAUAUCGGUAAAAACAUAUUAGUAACAGGUCAAACAGGUAUUAUUUUAGAAAUAAUGAAAUGGCUCGUUAAAUAUUCAAACAAAUCAAUCGAUAAUAUUAUAAUUUUAUCAAAAUCACCAUUAAAAUGGGAAUUAGAGCUAUUAAUAAAUCAAACUAAACAUCAAAAAGAUAAUACAAUCAAUUUCCACUUUAAUCAAAUCGAUAUCGAAGAUAGUAAAAAAGUUCACAAUGUAUUAAACAAUCUGGAAUCAAACUCAAACAUUACAAAUAUCGAUACAGUAAUACACUUUGCAUUUGUAACUGAUAUCAGUGAUGUUCAAGAUAUCGAUAUGAAUCGUUUAAGUAUCACACAUGGUGCAAAAACCAUUGGUGCAUUCAAUUUACAUAAUGAAUCAAUUCAGCGUUCAUGGAAAUUAAAACAAUUUAUUUUAGCAUCAUCAGCGGUAUCAAUUACUGGUUCAUAUAGACAAUGUUGUUAUGUUAGUGCUUGUAAUACAACUGACUCGUUAUCAAAAUAUAGAAAAUCCCUUGGACUACCAUCGAUAUCAGUAAAUUUAGGUGCGGUAUCAUCAACUGGAUUUGUUUCAAGAAAUGAUGCAAUCGAAACAAUGUUUCAUAGUUCUGCUUUAAAACUUAUUUCACCACAACUAAUUUUAAAUUCACUGGACCUCUUUAUUCAAGAUAAAAACAAUCAUUCAAACUAUUGUUUAUCUGAUUUUAGUUUUGAAAACAUGGUAUCUUUAAAAUCAAAUUCCAACCUUAUCAAAUUUGACUAUCAAACCAAUAUUGUUAAAAUAAACAACAAAUCAAAUGAUAAUAAUAAUAAUUGCAAUGAAAAUAUUAAAUCGCAAUUUUUAAAUAAAAUUUCAGAACUACUUUCAAUUGAAGAAUCAAAAAUCAACAUGGAAUUUCAAUUAACUCAGUAUGGUCUCGAUAGUUUAGUUAUUGUUUUAUUAAAGAAUUGGGUAGAUAGCCAGUUUGGAAUCAAUUUAAUUUCUAUACAACAAUUACAAAACAAUAAAAUAUCCCAAUCACUAGAUAUUAUUAUUAAAGGCUGUGGAAAAUAA